CAGAGGCAGGGUGAGGAAAUGAUUGGUUAAAAACUGGGAGAAGGGGGAAGGGUAUUAUAGGACAUGGAGAUAUGAUUGGACAUAAAUGUGUGUGUGGGCGGGACAUUGGCACUGGAAAGUAUCAUUGAAUUCACAUGUUUACCAUCGCUACUGUAGUGUUACAUAUAGGGAGGAGGUGAAGGAGCGAGAGGCUACAGCUAGGGUGUUCACAGCUGGCCUUGCGGAAUUCUGCUUUAAGGAUGGUGUGGUCAACAGUGAUCGACCUUAGCGUCACCUCCACAUUACCACACUUUGAUGACUCUAUAUACUGCAUAUAAGGAUUCUGACCAAAGCAUGUGGACCAGGUAUUCUGAAAAAUGAGUGUGGCAAUUACAGCCACUGAUUGCUGACUGUAAGUGAGGAACAUGCUGUGAUAAGGGCACAGUCACUAGGUUGCACAUGACUGAUUAACUCUAGGCUCCACACCACUUCGAAGGCCUUAUCACAGAACUCAUGGAGAGUCCCUGUGAGACAUUCUCUCACAUGCAUAGUCAGCAAACUGGAUUUUCUCAAAGUCACUGUCACUCACUCCGCCUUUGACGUCAGAGACAUUUCAUAAAAUGACGACAGGCACCCAGCUCCUGAACUACCCGGCCACAGAGUCUCCAUUCACCAGUCCUCCAGCCCCUAUGGCAGCUCUAAGCCGGACUCCUGUGCCAGGGCACCCACACAUUUGGCCCCCUCUGGACUUUGCGCUGGGUGCCCUGGCCUGCUGUGGUGCCUGUCUGUUCACCAACCCCAUGGAGGUGGUGAAGACGCGUCUGCAGCUGCAGGGCGAGCUGAGAGCCCACGGCUCUUACCAGAGGCACUACCGCGGCGUCCUGCAGGCCCUGUGGCUGGUGGGCCGCAACGAUGGCCUCCGCGGUCUCCAGAAAGGCCUGUGCGUGGGUCUGCUCUACCAGGGGUCAAUGAACAGCGUACGACUGGGCUUCUACUCUUACACUGAGGCGGCUGGGCUCACCCAAGCCCCAGUUGGGAACAUCCUGGCUGGGGCCGUUGCUGGAGCCUUGGGGGCCUUCGUCGCAUCACCAGCCUACCUGGUUAAGACCCAUCUUCAAGCCCAAACAGUGCAGACUAUUGCUGUGGGUCACCAACAUAACCACCAGGGGGUGUCAAGUGCCUUUGCUACCAUCUAUCGGCGUGAGGGUCUGGUGGGCUUGUGGAGGGGAGUGAAUGGAGCUGUGCCCAGGGUCAUGGUGGGGUCAGCUGCCCAGCUCACAACCUUCAGCUCUGCCAAGGAGUGGGUCUCUCACACAGAGUGGUUCCAUCCACAUAGCUGUCUUGUGGCCUUAACAGCUGCUAUGUUAAGCGGUGUUGUGGUGACUAUCACCAUGACACCGUUUGAUGUGGUCAGCACAAGACUUUACAACCAACCUGUGGAUGAAUUUCGAAGGGGCCUGCUGUAUCGGGGCUUCUCGGACUGCAUGCUGAAGGUGAGCCAAGCUGAAGGGCUCCUGGGUCUGUACAAGGGCAUCUGGCCCGUGUUCCUGCGCCUGGCCCCACACACGGUGCUCAGCAUGCUGCUCUGGGACCUGAUGAGACAGAGGGCGCUCCAGUACCAGCUAGAGUCACGAUCAGCCGGAUGAAGAGUCACGCCAGGGGAGAAGGAGCAACUCUUGGUGUUUCUUGGGGUGCAGAGGUUAUGGCAGCAAGAGCAGAGCUGUGGCUGAGUCUGAGUACUCCCCAAUUACAGACAUUCUCUGGGAGAAUGCGUUAUGGGGUGGUGCUGAGGAAGGUCAAUGUGAUUGGCAGUUCAAUAACCUCUGAACUUUUUUUCUGGGAGCCAUUUAAAUUAACCUCAUGUUCAUUAGAUAGGGUUUCUGUAUAUUUUUGUCUUCAAGCCAGUGGCGUAACGUAGUUACGACGGGCCCAGGUGCAGGCUAUUAUGAUGACGGGCCCUAGUCAGUGGCGUAAGGCAGUGGUUCCCAAACAUUUUACAGUCCCGUACCCCAUGUUUGUAACCGCCGCCACCGCCGUCACGGCCCCUCCGCCUGCGCAGAUAUUCAGCCUACAACACUUAAAACUGUGAAAUUGUCGGGGUAUGUCACUAACCGCCACAGCCCCUCCCCCUGCGCAGUGUAAUUAUUUCGCUGAAUAUGGGUAUACAUUAAUAUUUUUGGCAAUACGACUUGGCUAUUCAGACUAUUUAGAAUGACAUACAUUUGGCUACGGGCCCCGGCUAGAGGCCCCCCAAGACCCACGGGCCCAGGUGCAGCCGCACCUGAUGCACCCCCUAUAGUUACGCCCCUGCUUCAAGCAGUACAUAUACUGUUAAAUCAGGGACUGCUACAACUCUAUUGUUUAGCAAACAUGCCAGUAGUUACCUCUGAAGACAUCUUGGACUAAUACUAAAGUUAUGGACUAUGGAUGAACACGACUCAUCAAGCCUCUCCUCUGUGCCUCACCAUAGCAUGAGUCCAUUGUCACAUGGCAGCCUAAACAUGAUGGUGAUGUGUGCUCUUUGAAGCUAUAGAUCUCCUAUACAUUCAUUAGGAGAUUGGAGAAAACACUAUGCCUUCUGUGCUUCAUUUAUUAUGGAAAGUCAUUGAAUGAAUGUCAUUGUUGACUAAUUAUCUAUAACUCUUCUUGAUAUAUUAAUCAAUAUGUAUUCCCUUUAAUAAAGAUUUUGCUGAUAUAAAA